ACCUGCGCAUGCGUAGUCGAAACACCGGGACUGUCCCAUGUUAAUGUCGUCAUUUUUAAGCUCAUGCGAGUGUGGCUGACAAGCACAAGCCACACGUUUAUUUGAUGCUGUUGGGACAAUCCUCCGUCUCUUUCAUCCCAUAAGAUGUCUUCACUCCUCAAAGUGGACAAUGCAAUUAAAACCAAGGUUGAUGCUUUCAGGGAACGUAUCACUGCAGAAGCAGAGGAUCUAGUUGCAAAUUUUUUCCCGAAGAAAUUGCUGGAACUUGAUAACUUCCUUAAGGACCCAAUCUUAAACAUCACCGAACUGAAGGAGAUACACUCAGAGAUAAACUUGACGGUACCAGACCCCAUCUUGUUCUCAAAUCUGCAUGACGGACUAGAAGCGCAAAAUGCCAAAAAGAGAAAGCUUGAGGAUGGAGGUGCUGAGGACAUGGUGACUGGCACUAAGGUCUUCGUCAUGCCUGGUGGGAUGAUGAAGAGCAACACAAACCUUGUUGAUCUUAUCGAGAAGGUCAAGCCAGAGAUCAGGACACUUAUAGAGAAGUGUAACACGGUCAAAAUGUGGGUUCAGCUGCUCAUCCCCAGGAUAGAGGAUGGCAACAACUUUGGAGUAUCAAUCCAGGAAGAAACAGUAGCUGAACUCAGAACAGUCGAAGGGGAGGCAGCAUCUUACCUCGACCAGAUAUCAAGAUAUUACAUCACAAGGGCAAAGCUGGUUUCUAAAAUUGCAAAAUAUCCACAUGUGGAGGACUAUCGGCGCACAGUAACCGAGAUUGAUGAGAAGGAAUACAUCAGUCUGAAGAUCAUAGUUUCGGAGCUCAGAAAUCAAUACGUAACGUUGCAUGACAUGAUCCUGAAGAACAUUGAGAAGAUCAAGAGGCCUCGAAGCAGUAAUGCUGAUGCCUUGUACUGAUGAUCAUCCAGCUGUCUCCGCCCCCAAGUCCCUGUUGAGUUGCAGUAGUCUGGCCCUAGUCCCUUCAGGACUACAGUGAGACAUUCGCCUAUGUCUAUACAAUCAACACUCAACAUAGCUUCCAUAGACUGAAAGAACGCUUUGUGCUUUUGUUUUAAUUGUAAAAUAUUUUUGUUUUAAACACUUUGAAGACAUAAUUGUUCUCUGAAAACUAGGAGAUGGAUCAUAGAUACCAAAAACUAUGUAUUUUUUAAUUAAACAUUUUGUCCUCAGAUCCUGAUGAAAUUGCUUCAUUUGUAGCUAUUAAGAAAAAUUCUGUGGCUUGUUUUGUACCCACUGCUUCAGUGAAUGUUAUUUUUUUUUUAUUUGUGUUAUUGGACUAUUGAUGCAUCUUCUGGAGGACAGUUUAUAGAAGAUGCAACACAAGGUGUUUUUUUUCCCUCAAUGUUACACAUUAUAGUCGUAAAUAUAAACAUUAAGCACGUUUUAGGUCCAUAGACAUUGAUUUUCAGUGAAAAUUCAUGUCACAGCAUCCCUUAUGUUGAGGCUUUGAUUCAACUGAAUAAAAUCUUUUUUGAUAAAA